GGAAAAUUUGGAGAUGUCAGUAAGUGCACCGAGAAGUCCACUGGCUAUGAACUGGCGGCAAAAGUCAUUCCAAUUCACUCACCUGAAGACACAGAGAGUGUAAUGAACGAGGUCAGCAUCAUGAACAAGCUACGACAUGCACGGCUCAUCCAACUCUACGAUGUCUAUACGAGACCGGACAAGAUUACGUUAAUCAUGGAAUUGAUCACUGGAGGUGAACUGUUCGAACGUAUAAUCGAUGAACAUUUUGAGCUGAACGAGGAUAAGUGUGUUCGAUUCAUGACGGAAAUUCUUCAAGGAGUGGACUACAUGCAUUCUCAAAAAGUUCUCCAUCUUGACCUUAAGCCGGAAAAUAUCCUCUGUCUCACGCGGACGGGUUUUAGGAUUAAAAUUAUCGAUUUCGGCUUGGCGAGAGAACUGACCGACCAGGAAUUGCGCGUACUGUUUGGUACGCCUGAAUUCGUCGCCCCUGAGGUCAUUUCAUAUGACCCUGUUUCCUACGCUUCAGAUAUGUGGUCCGUUGGCGUCAUAUGUUAUGUCCUCUUGUCCGGACUGUCUCCGUUUAUGGGUGACAACGAAAGUGAAACCCUUUCAAACAUCAUCCGCUGCGUGUACAGCUUCGAAUACUCCGAAUUCGAUGACAUCUCGAAGGAUGCUAAGGAUUUCAUCAGAAAACUGCUCGUUAAGGAUAUGAAGUACGUCUCAAAAACUGUAUAUAGAGCCUGUUUACAGUCUAUUUGUGAAAGAACCGUAAUAAAUAUCUUGCAAUAG